AUGAGUGAAUAGUAAACUCAUAAUAGCAUUUACCCAUUUUAUUAAUUUUGUUUGGAAGGACCAUCACAAAACUUUUUGAAGUGUACUAAUUGUAUUAUCUUGGGUGUUAUUAUUCUUACAUUACUUUCAAUUCUGAUUCUACAAUUGCAAAGGAGAUAUAUGGUAGGAACUAAGAAAUUAUCAAAAAAGUGCAUCAUUUUGUACAUGAUUAUGACCAACUUUCUAAAAUCCUCCAUCAUAAGUAAUAAGUACGUGACCCAAUUAGAACCUUACUUCAGAACUACGGUGUUCAUCUUCUUUUACUAUUAUAUUAGUCUUAAAUUAAGUAAACUUGUAACAAACAGGAAAAGAGCAUAAACCAAAUACAGAAGCCUUGCUAUUUUCUUAUGUGCCCUAGUACUAAUGGGGUUGGUAUUUGUAUUUGUAGAAUUGAUCAAAGAAGACGAGGUUUUCUAUGAAUGUUAUUUUAAAUAUAGUUUGGUUUCUAAAAUAGUGGGAGGAUGCAUUACUAUAAUUUUGAUUGUCUUUAGUGCAAAGUUAUAACAAAAAGUGGAUGACAAAGUCAAACCACUUUAUUAAGAUCUGCCGCUGUUAUAGAUGAAGACAUUUUAAAAUAAUGAAACACAAAGGGAAGACUUGAGAAUGAUAAUUGUAAUGUGCAGUGCUUCUUAAUUUUUAACAAUAUUCUAAAUGAUUUACUUUUAUAUUAAGGAGCAUAUCAACGCAGAAUUACAAUUUCCUAAUUGCACUCCAUGUUAGAUGAUCCCAUGUCUGCAGAUGUCACUAAAUAAUACUAUUGCCUUUGAGCUCUUCUUGAGAUUGUCAUUUUUCACAAUCAUCAUCAUUUUACCAUAUAUUGCACUCCUCUCCUUCUUCUGGGUCAGUAAGACUUAAUUGCAUAAUGAUUAUCAUCGAACUAUAUCCAAUGAAGAAGAUAUUUGGAUUAAUUUCUUUAAGAAAAUGGGGUAUGAAAAAUCCAAGAUGGAUUUAUCAGAAAUCACAGAAUAAUAAGAAAUAUCUUCAUCAUCAGAUCUGUCUAAAUGA